AUGGAGGAAAAAUUCGACCCGGAAGCAUUCAUAGAAGAGUUCGAGUCGUUGACCAGGGAUGCCGGUAGAGUUCAGAGGGAGACACUGAAGAGAAUCUUGGAAGAAAAUGGUGAGACAGAGUACUUGCAGAGAUGGGGGCUUAACGGUUCGACCGAUCCCGAUAGUUAUAGGGCCCGAGUUCCCAUUGCCACUCACGACGACUUUGAAGCUUAUAUUCAGAAAAUCGCAGACGGCACGAAUCAGUCGGCUCUUACUGGAAAACCGAUAACCACAAUUUCAUUGAGUUCUGGCACGACUCAAGGGAAGCCCAAGUUCGUGCCUUUUAACGAUGAACUGAUGGAGAGCACUACACAGAUAUACAAGACAUCUUUUGCAUUUAGGAACAGAGAGUAUCCGAUUUCAAACGGGAAGGCCUUGCAAUUCAUCUACAGCAGCAAGCAGUUCAAGACGAAAGGCGGCCUAUCCGCAGGGACUGCCACCACAAAUGUUUAUCGCAACUCGAAAUUCAAGAAAACGAUGAAAUCCAUGCAAACACCGUGCUGCAGCCCGGACGAGGUUAUAUUCGGGCCCGACUUCCACCAAUCCCUCUAUUGCCACCUCCUUUGCGGCCUCAUUUACCGCCAAGAAAUCCAAGUCGUAUCCUCCACUUUCGCCCACAGCAUAGUCCACGCUUUCCGAACAUUCGAACAAAUUUGGGAAGAACUCGUGGAGGAUAUCCGCAAAGGAUCUUUGAGUAGCCGAAUUACAGUCCCUUCAAUCCGGGCCGCCAUAGAAAAAGUUCUGCAGCCGAUGCCCGAAUUGGCUGAUUUGAUUUAUAGCAAGUGUGUGAGGUUGAGGUUGAGCAAUUGGUAUGGAUUGAUCGAGGAGCUUUUUCCGAAUAUGAAAUAUAUUUACGGGAUCAUGACGGGUUCAAUGGAGCCGUAUUUGANAAAACUGAGACAUUAUUCGGGCCGGCUUCCUCUUUGUAGUGCGGAUUAUGGGUCGUCCGAAGGGUGGGUUGGAGCUAAUGUUAAUCCCGAGUUGCCACCCGAGCAGGUGACUUACGCUGUUUUGCCGAAUAUUGGGUUUUUCGAAUUCAUCCCUUUGAAUGGAGCCCAGAACGGUGAACUGUGUGUCGAGCCCGAGCCGGUCGGGCUUACUGAAGUUAAGCUGGGUGAGGAGUAUGAGAUCAUCGUGACCAAUAAUGCAGGAUUAUAUCGUUAUAGAUUAGGUGACGUGGUCAAAGUCAAAGGGUUUCACAAUUCGACCCCUAAGCUCCAAUUCGUUUGCCGUAAGAACCUCCUCCUCACGAUCAACAUCGACAAGAAUACCGAGAAGGACCUCCAGCUGGCGGUCGAGGCCGCCGGGAGCCUUCUAGCCGUGCGCAAGCUUGAAGUGGUCGACUUCACGAGCCGGGCCGACCCGUCUGGCGACCCGGCCCGCUACAUUGUGUUCUGGGAGAUAAAUGGAGAAGCGGAGGACGAGGUUUUGCAAGAGUGUUGUGAUUGUUUGGACCGGUCGUUUUUGGACGCGGGCUACAUGAGCUCGCGCAAGACGGGCUCGAUCGGGCCCCUCGAGCUCCGGGUUGUGAGGAAAGGGACGUUUCACAAGAUUUUGGAUCACUAUGUGGGGCUCGGGGCUGCAGUCAGCCAGUUCAAGACGCCGAGGUGCGUGGGGCCCACGAACGCGGCCGUGCUGCAGAUACUGUCGGCCAAUGUGGCCCGGAGCUACUUCAGCGCUGCCUAUGACUAA